UUUUAUUCUUGCUACGUUCUUUUUUCAUACCUUUUGGGGACGCCACAGUUAUUGAUCUCCAUGGAGAUUGCAAAAGAGUCCAUUUUCAUCCCUUCGAUGCUCUUCCUCGGUCUUACGUUGGCCAGCUUCGUCGUCGCAGCCGCAGGAACAGGAGUGUGCUAUGGAACUCAUGGUGACAAUUUGCCGUCCCCUCAAGAAGUCGUAGACCUUUUCACUCAGAACAACAUUCCGAGCAUGCGGAUCUACAAUCCGGAUCCAUCGGCUCUCCAAGCCCUAGGAGGAUCCAACAUCGAGCUCGUGGUUGGCGUCGCGAACGAGGACCUACAAGGAAUCGGCUCGAGCCAGGACAGCGCGAACGGGUGGGUCCAAGCCAACAUACUGAGCCACGGCAACGUCAAGUUCAAGUACAUCGCGGUCGGCAACGAGAUCCAACCGUCCGACCCGGCCGCGAGUUCCCUUGUCGCCGCCAUGCGGAACAUCUGGACCGCAAUCACCAACGCCGGCCUUGGGAGCCAGAUCAAGGUCUCCACAUCGGUUGACUUCGGAGUGCUCGGUGUGUCCUCUCCUCCGUCGAGGGGCGAGUUCAAGUCGGACCGCAUGGGGCUUCUCGGCCCGCUCAUCAGCUUCUUAGUAGAGACCCAAGCCCCAUUGCUAGUUAACAUAUACCCUUAUUUUAGCUACGUCUCCGACCCACAAGACAUACAACUAGACUUUGCCCUAUUCACGUCCCCCUCCGUCGUGGUACAUGACGGGUCAUUGGGGUACCAGAAUCUAUUCGACGCGAUGUUGGAUGCGGCCUAUUCCGCGCUCGAGAAGGCUGAUGGUGGAUCGGUGAGAGUCGUGGUCUCGGAGACCGGGUGGCCCUCCGACGGAGGGACGGCGACUUCGGUCGACAAUGCGAGGACUUACAACACGAAUCUGGUCAGUCAUGUGAAGCGAGGGACCCCGAAGCGGCCCGACCAGCCGAUCGAGACGUACAUCUUCGCCAUGUUCGAUGAGAAUCAGAAGACGCCGGAUUUGGAGAAGUUUUGGGGGCUCUUCCAUCCGGACAAGCAGCCCAAGUAUCCGAUCACUCUUAAUUAGGACGAUCUUGUAAUAAAGGGGUGAAAACCACACCAUGAACAAGUUUUACUCCGUAUGCGAAAACGAAACGAAAAGUUUACUUUUUGUAUUAACUCCCUGUCCAUUUAUACAAGUCAA